UACAGAAGUGUUGUGACCAGACGUUUGGGAAUCGCUUUGUACUGCUGAAGUGUACAGUCGUAGGGAGCCGCGUUGUACUGUUGAAGUGUACAGACCAGACGUUGGGAACUGCGCUAUACUGGGAACGUUGGGAGCAGCGUUGUACAGAAGUGUGCAGGUGUUGGGGCCUCGACAUGCCGUCCGGGAUGCUGCCAGUCAUCGGCCAGAAACCCAAGGCGUCGGCUGAGAGCUUCAGGUGCCAGAAAUGUCUUCAGUUGGGGCACUGGACGUUCGAGUGCCGAGGUCAGCUGAAAUAUGUACACAGAGAUACACGCACCGCGAUGCUUAAUAAGAAUAUUAAAGUGAACCAGCAGCAGCAGACGCAGCAACUCCUAGCAAAACGUGCGGCGUCUUCCAAAACGAAAUCUCGCAGCGCCAAGAAAGCUAAACGUAAUUCAUCGUCGAGUGACUCUGAUGAUUCUGGGUCGACAAGCUCGUCGUCUUCAUCAUCAUCGUCAUCUUCCUCCUCCUCCUCCUCCUCUUCAUCAUCGUCAUCAUCGUCUUCGGAUUCAUCUGACUCAUCAUCAUCAUCAUCAUUAUCGUCUUCUGAUGAGAAGACAAAGAAGAAAUAUUCGCGCAGCAGUCGCUCGAAGCGGAGACCCACAUCCGCUGAAGGCGCUACCAAGGCCGCGCAGUCCUAGGGGCGGCCGAACUAUAAGAUGGCUCUCUAAUUAACUUCUUAAACGGCGACAAUAAUUGAUUUCAAAUCAACUGUUGAAUUGAUACAACAAUAAUAUAUGUCGCUGAUAUAUCAGGGUGAGACUUUUUAAUUGAUUUCGUAUCAAUUUUUGAAUUUAUGCUGCAAAUAUAUUCGUCUCUUGUAUAUCAGCGUGACUCAUUGCUAGAGAUCCUGGAUAGACAAAUGAGGGUGUUUGCUCGUGCAAAGUGUGUGUGAGCUUGUCGCAAAACUUUGCUACUUUGUGUCUAUUUUAUAAUAGUCGCUUAACAUCGUAAACUUGUUUAUUGCGAGUUGUUCGCCAAAAUUAUUUUGCUAUUAUUUAUCAAAAUGCAAGCGCACACAAAAUAAUU